AUGGAAUCGAAGGUGACGAGGAUGAUAAAGAUAAGGAGCUGCGACGGCGCGGUGCUCGACGUGCCGGAGGAGGUGGCGGUGCAGUCGAGGUUGAUAAGGCACGCCGUCGAGGACUUCGUCACGGCGGAGACCCUAAACCUCGCCUUCGAGUACUGCACGAAGCACGCCGACUUCGCCGCCGCUGCGGCCAUCCCUGCAGCCGACGAUGAGAAGAAGAAAGCCGCGGAGACAGAGAUCAAGGACUGGACAAGCAGUUUUGUCAACGCGCUCUCGAUGGACGUGCUCUACGAUCUCGUCCACGGGUCGAAUUACUUGGCAAUUGAAGAAUUGAUGGAUUUGUGUUGUGAGAGAGUUGCCGGCAUGAUAAGAAGGAAAAGCGCAGAAGAAGUGCGUGCAACCUUCGACAUCAUGAACGAUUUUCCGCCAAACGGAGAAGACUAG